GUAUGGAAUGAUUCGCCUGGAUACCAGCAAAUCAGUUUUUCUGCUGUAUCGGUACACGUGACAAUAAUAAACCAAUACCUUGUCCUUGCCAAUGCCUGGUGUAGGCAGGGACAAUCUGGAUGUGAGCUUCCUUUUGCAUGGUUACAGGCAUUAUCAGUUUGAUCUGCAGGAAACGUUUUAACACAAUCAAGGCUAAUCCCUUCUCGCACUACAGAUUUGUCAAUGCAUUAAGCAAAGGCUUUUAGAAAAAUUGCUGGAUGUUUCCUACAUUUUCCUUGCUGGAAAAAUCUAUUGAGACGGGAAUCGUCACUCAGAAAUCAACGGAAAAACAGUUUAAACUCAAGGUGGGAAUCAUAUAGCUUUUAGUAAAGAUCACCGUGGCAUAUUUGUAUUCUGUGAUGCCACAGAAGAGCAUUAAGAUGUUUCUGACCAUUUUAAACGUACUUUUGCUUGCUCCCUUGCACGUGUCUGCUUCCUGGGCUUGUGUCCGGUUAUGUCCUCCCUCAUGCACCUGUACUCAAGAACGGAACUGUGCUGUUCUUUGCGACCGAUCUGGAUUAUCGCAAGUCCUCAGGGAGUUCCCGUGUGAAGCCUCUGCUAUCAACUUGGAUAAAAACACUAUCAAGUUUUUGACAGAAAGGGCAUUUGGUACUCUUCCAGCUCUGCGAUCUUUAUCACUAGACCACAACAACAUCUCCUUCAUCACCCCAGGUGCAUUUAAAGGGCUGCCUAAUCUCACUGAAUUAAAACUGGCACACAAUGAGUACAUUAGGUACCUGCACACCAGAACAUUUACUGGCCUGAAACGCCUACUGAAACUCGAUUUGUCUGACUGCAAUCUAUUUAACAUUCCGGACCGGAUUUUUACAGCAGUCACUACUUUACAGGAGUUGGCAAUGUGGCAGAACAAUUUCAGAAGAAUACCUGGAGCAGUGAGGGGGAUGGAGAGCAUUACCCGUGUGUACUUGGAGCGAAACAGGAUUGAGGCAGUGGCUUACAAUUCUCUACAAGGGCUGGUCAGUUUAAAAUAUCUAAACCUUCAGGGUAACAAAAUAGCUGUAAUCCAUGACGGGGGAUUUAAAGACUCUGUAAAACUGGAGUAUCUCUAUCUUAAUGACAAUCUUCUGAACAAUCUUCCAGAGUUUGCAUUUAAAGAACUCAGGCUCUUGAAGAUGCUAAACCUGGGAGGUAAUUCUUUAGUGAAUGUAUCCAGUACUUGGUUUAAUGAGCUUGUUGAGCUAGAAGUUCUCUAUCUGGACAGAAAUGAGAUCACUUACAUUGAAGAAGGGGCUUUUGAAAACCUGACCAGUUUGAUCUCUCUGCAUCUGAACAGCAAUAACCUGACUACACUCUCCCUUUCAGUGUUUCAGCCAGUCUACUUCAUAGGAAGACUCUAUGUGUUCAGGAAUCCGUGGGAGUGUGAUUGCAAGCUGGAGUGGUUGAAGGAAUGGAUGGAAAGCUACAAACUGGUUCGUGAUAUCCCGUGUGCCUCUCCAGAGUCUAUAGCUGGCAUGGACCUAAGUAAAGUCUUCUUCAGCAAAUCCACUCGAGGUGUCUGCUUGGAUCUAGCCGAUCUGAAUGUGACGGCUUACACACCAACCACGCCAGACUAUCCCCGGUCUACCACAGAGAACAGGUUCAGCAGUCUUAUUUCUAGAUUCCUUUUUCCAAAAACAUCGGAUGCUGAAAACACCAUCAAAUUCUUUAGGAAUGUGUCAGACUUGAGUGGAGCUGAUGUGGAAGCUGCCAAUGUUGAGCGAUGCCAAAUCAACUUGCACGUUCAAAUCCUCGUGACAGUUAUAAUAUUAUUUUAUAUUAUAUGACAGUAUUUAAGUGUGCAUUCUGCAGAUUCUGUAUUUACUACAGUUCAUGGAAGUCCAGAGGGACAAGGCUGGAGUCGGAUGUAAUUCAUCCCAAUGCUCUGUCCCUUAAAAAAAACAAGAACAUUCUACAUUG